UGGGAUCUGAUAAUUUCGCCUAAGAAACGCUUCCUUCCGAUUACAAGCCGAACCAGCAUACAGCCUGAACAUAUAGGGUUGGGGUAGGAGACCUCGCUCGCCCUUUUCGCCCAAAUUUGCACACCCGGCUGAGCUAGUCCCCGCUUGUUUUACCUGUUCAGAGGACAGAGCUGCGCUGGGCGUGGGGUCCGGAGCGGCAAAGGCCAGACGCUUGAUACUGGGUACUAGUUGCAGGAAUUCUAAUACAAGCAUAAGUUAAGGCUAUACGAUUCUAGCAAAUUUCGGGCAACUGGGCGCGCAUAUUUAAUUUCCCGAAAAUCAGAAUCUUAAGGGUUUGAUCUUUUGGGGAUUUUGAUUAUUUUGCUGCUGCUUGGUUUUAGGGUUUGGUAAAAAUUGCCUUUGCAUACAUGUUUUCUGUUGCUUUGAAGAUUAAAUAGAGAUAUUGGGGACUAUGUAUGUGUGACCCUAGAUUUUUGAUAGUUUUAGAUCUUUCUUAAAAGUAAUUUACUAGAUAGUGCGAAGUGUUAGCCAUGUCUGUGAAUACUAAUAAUAAUAACAACGGUAAUAGUAGUAACAAUAGUAAUAGUAAUCUGCCCAAGAGCCUUGGACAGUCUUCAUCACCCUUUGGCAAUACAGGGAUGCUUAAUCCGGCAUUGCCUGUCAAUCCGGCAUUCUCACAGUCACAAUCCCAGGUGCAAAUAGGCACAGGCUUUCAGGGUCAGUUCCAGCUGUCCCAAGCACAGGCCACUGCUCAGGCACAGUUGAGAGCACAGCAAGCUCAUGCACAAGCACAGGCCCAAGCAGCUCAUGCUGCUCAAGUUCAAGCAGUGCGUGCACAGCUCCAAGCUCAAUUGCAGGCACAGGGAAUGUCUCCUAGCCAGGCUCAAACUGCUGCAUUGGGCAACUUAGGUUCAUCCUCACCUUCAUUUUCAACUCCAGGUAGCAUGAAUGCCAAGCGGCUGCCUCAAAAACCCCCAGUUCGGCCUCCUGGUGUUCCCAUGUCAAGCAUGGUUUCCCCAUUGAAAACUAUGGAUCUCGUGUCUGCAGCUCGCAGGAAGAAGCAGAAGCUUCCAGAGAAGCAACUACAAGAUAGAGUGGCAGCGAUUCUCCCUGAAUCUGCUCUGUAUACUCAGCUUCUUGAAUUUGAGGCUCGUGUUGAUGCUGCUUUAUCUAGAAAGAAGGUUGACAUCCAGGAGGCACUUAAAAAUCCUCCUUGUGUUCAAAAAACACUUCGCAUUUAUGUUUUCAACACAUUUGCCAAUCAGAUCAAAACAAUUCCUAAGAAGCCAAAUGCUGAGCCCCCAACCUGGAUGCUUAAGAUAGUUGGGAGAAUCUUGGAAGAUGGGAUAGAUCCUGAUCAACCUGGAGUAGUUCAGAAAUCAAACCCCUUGUAUCCCAAGUUCUCAUAUUUUUUCAAGAGAGUGACUAUUAUGUUGGAUCAGAGAUUAUAUCCUGAUAAUCAUAUGAUUGUGUGGGAGCAUUCUCGAACACCUGCGACUCAUGAGGGUUUUGAAGUGAAGAGAACAGGGGAUAAAGAAUUUACAGUGGUAAUACGGUUGGAAAUGAACUAUUUGCCUGAGAAAUUUAAGCUCUCUCCAGCUUUGAUGGAAGUUCUUGGUAUUGAGGUUGACACCCGUCCAAGGAUAAUAGCUGCAAUCUGGCAUUAUGUGAAAGCUAGGAAACUGCAGAAUCCUGAGGACCCUUCUUUCUUUAAUUGUGAUCCACCUCUUCAGAAAGUAUUUGGGGAAGCAAAGAUGAAGUUUACCAUGGUCUCACAGAAGAUAUCCCAGCAUUUAUCUCCUCCUCAACCAAUAGUUUUGGAGCAUAAGAUAAAGCUUUCAGGUAACAGUCCAGCUGGAACUAUAUGCUAUGAUGUGGUGGUGGAUGUCCCUUUCCCAAUACAGAGGGAAUUGAACGCUCUGUUGGCCAAUGCCGAGAAGAACAAAGAGAUUGAAACCUGUGAUGAAGGUAUAUGUGCUGCUAUAAGGAAAGUCCAUGAACAUCGGAGGAGGCGAGCAUUCUUCCUUGGGUUUAGUCAAUCACCUGUGGAAUUCAUUAAUACUUUGAUUGAAUCUCAGAGCAGGGAUUUGAAGCUUGUAGCUGGAGAAGCUGGUCGAAGUGCUGAGAAAGAACGCCGUGCAGAUUUCUUCAACCAAACAUGGGUUGAAGAUGCCGUUAUUCGGUACUUAAAUCGUAAGCCAGCUGCAGGAAGUGAUGUUCCUGGAAGCAUGUGAGUUGGAAGUUUACUGCUGAUCUGCCAGGUUGUUUGACUUUGGUUCUUUCACAUAAAUCUGUAUAUUUUCAGCUUUGCAUUUAUGGAAAUGUCACUAUUUCUGAUCAAUCUAAUUGUUAAGGGCCAUGGCAGGAAUUACAACCCCCCUCUUUCUUUCUCUUCUUUGUAAAACAACAGACAGUUAUGGUUUGUAGCUUGUUUAGGCAGAAUCCUUUAGUCAUUGUGUUAGUUGUUUUAGAGCUUUCUUUUUGUUAGUUUUAUGAAUAGCAUAGAUGGGAUGUUGCUCUGUG